AUGGCAAAAAAUGCUUUGACUACCCAACCAAAUGCCCCCUUCCCCCACGGGGACCACUACCCAUCCUUGUGCAAAGAUACCAUGGCAGGGGCUCUCCAAUCCCCAGGCACAACCCAGCCCGAUACAGCUACUCACAGACACUGGGGCAAGAGGGGGGACCUCCAUAUACCCAUCACAAUGCCUCAACAGAAGCCUCCAGCCACCGCAAUCCCCACAACGGACACCAAGCACAUUACCGGCUCACCACAAGACAGGGGAACGGGGCCGCUCCGCACCCAGACUUCAUCCAGGCUGAGAGAAGGAGGAGCGCCGAGAGGGGGGACCCCCACCGGCUACUGCACCGGGCACCGACGCUGCAACUGA